AUGCUUCGAGCCACCGCAAUUCUCCUCGCCGUGAUCGGCUCCGCAGCCGCUCUCCGCAUCAAGAGCGUCACCCACAGCGGACCAGCCUGUCCCCAGAGCGACAGAUUGACCUGGUCUGGCGGCCUGGACGACCUGACCAUCACUCUCCCCGACUUCAGCGAGACUCUAGCCGCGGGUCAGAUGACGAGCUGCCAGGUACACCUGCUCAUCGACGAAGGCGACCCGGGCAAGGCUUUGCUGCUGCAGGAUGUCACCGUCAGCGGGGGGCUCUACCUGAGUUCUAACACCAAGGUCGAUUUCUAUAUGACGGCUUAUUGGUCCGAGACGGCUUCUGAUACUGUUACUAAGUCUACGAGCACCGCGUCAGGUUCGGCGGCCGUUUUCCGGAACGUGGACGUGGCUCAGCGAGUGAACUCGGUUUCUCCUUGUACUGGUGGCGAUGGCCACGUCGGGAUUAUGAAUGUGACUUUUCGCAUCAUCUCCCAAGGCAGAGGGUUGGUUGUCUUUGGUAAAGAACGUAAGGAUGGUGCUACGUCUUCGGUCGCAGAGUCGCUUGCUUUCAAAUGGCAGAGCUGCUAG